AUGUCCGCUCAGCAGCCUACAGUUAUUUACAUCACGCCAACCGAAGCACCCCCUGAAGACCGUCCUGAUCGCUCAGCUUCUUUGAUCGUCCCCGACGCACACAAUACUGAUUAUUGUCAUUAUCCCUGGGAGAGAGUCAGUUUCAGAGCUGUGUCUCGGGAUGGGACCGUAUACGAGAGGGACAGCCACUUCGUGUUCAAAGACCCUAUUGACCCUUCUAUUGAUACCGACUUCCCUGGAAGUGGGGUGAGGGAGCAUUAUGCAAAGCUCUACCUGGCAAAUGGCCCUGAUGAUGUGACGUUCACCCUCUUAUCGCGCUAUGUGCCCGAUCCAUACCGCCGAACAUGGACUGUAGAGCACUUUAACGCCACACAGGAUCAAAGGCUCGAACGCCGAGACGACAGACUCUGCUCGUGCACCGAACCGGAUUGCGUCCUCCAGAGCGUACCCACCGAACUGGCGGACCGUCUUAUUGAGGCUAUCGACAAUGAAUACGCAUAA